UCUUGGUAGAAAAGCACAGUUGAAGGCGUGGUAUGUAUGUUUGUCUUCGUUCCGUUUUCGUGCACCGCAAUUUCAUUGAGAUUAUUUCGUUCCUUGCACGGUCAGUGGCAAAACUUCUAAUUGUGACGUAUCUCUGUGCCUUCCUCUCAGUGGGCUUUCGGAUUCUUGGGAGCGUACUGGUCGCCUUCACCGUGAAGUGCCUUUCACGGUCGCUGCACAACGACAUGCUGAGUCACUUGGUGCAGAGUCCCGUGUCCUUCUUCGAUGCAACACCACGAGGCCGUGUGCUCAACCGCUUCUCGGCCGACAUAGAAACCAUGGAGGCCCGCUGCUUCCUCGCCGCCAAACAGACCAUCCAGAACACACUCAUCAUCAUCGCCAAGGUGGCAAUCGUGGGAACACAGUCGCCUGUGGUCGCCGCCAUUACGCUCAUUGUCGGUCUACUUAUGGCUUACAUACUGUGGGUGGCACUGAAGGCAAACAGCUGUGGCCGCUACGUAGAGAGCCUGGCCAUGUCUCGCCUUCUGCAGCAGGCUGCAGAAACCACGGACGCGCUGAGCACUGUGCGAGCGUACGGUGUGGCCGGCAGGUUGCGGCGCCACUUCUGCCACCUGGUGGACGACGUCGCCCGCGGAUUCAUGUGCAUCCUUACCGCGUACCGCUUUGCGCGAACGGUGACCGCUACCUUUGGCUUCGUGGUGGUCGUCUGCACCUUGGUAGCCAGCAUAGCGUUUGCUGGCUCUUUGGGACCCGACCCGAGCAGCCUCGCACUGGCACUGAGCAACGCCUGCUCGGUCCCGCUCUCGUUGAUGUCGCUGUGCAUGAUGCUGUUCAACGUACUUCAGGUGAACGUCUCGUUUGAACGUUGUCUGGAGUUCGCAGAACUUCCAGCGGAGAGUGAUGCUCCGGCCACCCAGAAGACAGAGCAGUCCUUGUGCAACUGGCCCAAGGAAGGAAAAAUAGAAUUCCAGAACUUUUCUGCAUCGUACAAGCCAGGUGUUCUGCCCAAUGUGCUCACAGGCAUCACAUUUCUCAUUAAACACAAGGAAAAGGUCGGAGUGGUGGGCCGCACCGGAGCGGGGAAGUCGUCAGUGGUGCUCGCACUUCUGCGCAUGCUCAAAGCCUCAGAGGGUCGCGUCCUCAUUGAUGGCGUGGAUAUCGCCGACGUUCCCCUCCGUAAGCUGCGAAGGAGCAUCACCGUUAUCCCACAGGACCCAAGCAUGGUGAGGGGUACACUGCGAAUGAACCUGGAUCCUACAGACGCCCACACAGAUGAAGAAAUCUGGCAAGCGCUCGAGAAAGCACACCUUGCAAAAGUGGUCGCCGGUGACGUCAAGGGGCUGCUUCUGGAGAUUACGGAUGGUGGCAGCAACCUUAGUGUGGGACAGCGGCAGCUGGUGUGCCUGGCCAGGGCCCUCCUGCGCGGAUCCAAGAUUCUUCUGCUGGACGAGGCGACGUCACAGAUGGACGGCGACACAGACCGCCUGAUCCAGGUGGCGCUGAGGGAGGCCUUCGCAGACUGCACGCUCCUCACCGUCGCGCACCGCGUUCACACAGUCCUCGACUACGACAGAAUACUCGUGCUCGAAGACGGGAAAGUUCGAGAGUUCGACUCCGUGCAAACGCUGCUUUCGGACACGUCUUCUGUCUUCUACAGGAUGGCUGCUGAGUGCGGCAUCUACAGCGCUGGAAGGGAGCCAGAUCUAAUCAGUACUUGCUUGUGACAGACUGAUCUCGUACCAGUUUUCAUUUUUUCUAAGUUCGGCCGUAAGGUUUGUCUUCACGUUGCGUUAAGUGUUAAUUAUGAUAAGCAACUUUAUAAGGUCCUAGAAAACGGCGUAAAUAAUAUUUGACAAAUGACAUUCUUCGGCAAUCUGCUUGCAAACGCACUACAAAUGUUUUUUUCGUAUUUUACCACCCCUAGUGUUGCGCACCAUUGCUACACCCCUCUCUCCCCCAUCUCUCUCUUCCCCUUGUCCAUUACCGCAGCGUUGAGUAGCCAACCGGACUCUUGAGUUGGUAAUAUCCCUGCCUUCCUCAUCUCUCUCUGCCUCUUUCUCUCUCUCCUACACCCCUGGAGGUGAAUAGCACGAAUAAACAUGAACAGAUCAUUAAUAGAAACGAUGCCUCAAAAUCGCCUGUGACUAUGCCAAAACUUUCACUGUAAUGUGGAUAUAAAGCACCGAAGUAGUUGUAAAAGCAAGAAAUAUAUAUAUAUAGUUUUUUUGCCGGGUGGCUGAAUUACCCAUCUCCAUCCGAAGUGUUUGACCCAAUCAGGGGUUUCAUAUGGGUUUUAGAUUCCGUGCGUCGGGGUCAGUUCGGGCAAACGUAUAAUUUUUGUACGUUUAUGUGUUCUCGUGCGAAAUGUGUAAAAACCGGCGACCAAGAACAACAUUUUAAAAGCAACACGCUCAAUAAAGUGCAACUAAAGAACUGGGAAAGGGUGAAGUGGCAGGGACAGGGCACAAUACUGCCGCUUGUAAUAGUGACGACAUGCAGAGGUGCGGCUGUUUCAACCCUGUAACGCCAAAACGCA